AAAUCUCUUUACACUCUCUCUGUUUCAAUUGUUAUGAACUAAAAACAACAUUUCUUUCACUUUCUCUCCAUAUUCAUCCAAAAAACUGAAGCUUUUGAUUCAAAAUUGUUUGGAGCCAUAUUUCUUUCGUUUUGACUUACGGUUGCUUUCGUUUGAGGUUCUGGGUGGUUGGAGAAGACCCUGUGUGCAAACAAAGUCAUCUCACCUAGUUUAAGAUGAUUUUUAAGUUACAUGCAGUGUAUGGAGAAUGGUUGUUGAGAGAUUUCCGUUGGGAUUUUGUGGUUGAUGAUCUCAAAGGAGCAAGAUUGUUUUUAUUGAAUGAAGAUUCAACACAUGCUGAACUUGUUGCAAUGGCUCAAGAAGAUUAUAACCUGGACAUGAGAUCAGUGACUGUGGAGAUUAGCUACUCAUUACCAGCAGAAAUGAUGAUGACUCCAGGCAGUCCUCCCAUUCAUGUUACAAGUGAUAGACAAGUUCGAAACUUGCUCGAGAUACUCAAAACGCAUAGAGUAUGUCUUUGUGUAUCAAGCCGCAGCAAGGUGGAAACGGUUUCAGAGAAAAGAGAAGAAGCUGGUGAAUGGGAAGAAGAUGUUGGUGAUAAUGAUGAAGCUGGUGAAUGGGAAGAAGAUGUUGGUGAUAAUGAUGAGGCUGAUGAAUGUUUUGAAGAUGUUGGUGAUAAUGAGUCUGUUGAAGAUGAAAAUCAAGAUGGGGAGGAGGAAAAUGGGGAGGAGGAAAAUGGGGAGGAGGAUGCUGAUAACACUAUUGUUGGUGAAACGGAUCAGAAUGGUGGGGAUUACAGUCUUUAUGGAAAGGUUCUAGAUGAGGACGAGGAAGAUGAUGAUAAUAUUUGUUUUGAAGAAAUUGAAAAGACAUAUGCUAAGACAAAUGCUAUUGAAGGAGGAAAAUCGGAUUGUACCAGCAUCUAUGUCAACCAGAGUUUUGUUAGCAAGGAUGCACUGCUUUCAGAGCUGCGGUUGACAGCAGUGAGGGGUAGGUUUUCUUUCAGAAUAUACAAAUCAACAAAAACUCUCCUUGUGGCAAUAUGUCGGGUUAGCGGUUGUGGAUGGAAGAUCAGAGCGAGUGUGAAACAUGGGCAAACACGUUUUGGGUAACAAAGUAUGUGGAAAAACAUUUAUGCUCAAUUGGAGACCGAAUCGCUCAGCGGAGACACUGUACUCCAAAGUAUGUUGGUAGUCUUUUCAUUGAUCGUGUUGGGAUCAUUGAUGGGAUAACUCCACAGCAUAUCACUGAUGCAAUGAAGAACAUGUUUGGCAUGACGCUUGAUUACACCACUUCAUACAGAGCACUGUUAUAUGCACAGAAAUUGGUGAGAGGAUCAGCAGAAGAAGGGUAUUCGCGUCUGCCUUCAUAUCUCGAGCAAAUCUCCAUUGCAAAUCCUGAUUCUAUCACGGCUAUAGAACUUGAUUCUGAGAAAAGAUUUAAGUAUCUAUUUCUCUCUUUUGGAGCUUCUAUCAAAGGUUUUAAGUAUCAGAGAAGGGUCAUUGUGGUGGAUGGAACUCACCUAAGUGGAAAGUAUGGAGGUGUUAUGUUAGUUGCAGCCGCACAAGAUGGCAAUUUUCAGAUAUUCCCAUUGGCUUUUGGGAUCGUGGAUGCUGAAGAUGAACCUUCUUGGGAAUGGUUUUUCACAAAAUUGGCUAGUUGUAUAUCUCAUGACAAGCCUCUGGUGAUAGUCUCUGACCGGCACGCGGCCAUUAAAAGUGCGUGUGAGAAGGUGUUUCCUUGGGCAACCCGAGGAAUAUGUUAUUAUCACCUUCAAGAUAACAUUGUCAAAAAGUUUAAAGGGAAACAUCUCAUGUACUUGGUGAAAGGGGCUGCUUAUGCGCACACGGUUCACGAUUUUAACCGGUACAUGGCUGAGAUACGGAGUGCAAACCCGGAACUUGCAACGUAUUUGGAGAAGGCCGACGCCAAGCUAUGGUCAAGGGUUUAUUGUAAGGGGAACAGGUUCAACAUAAAAACAAGCAACAUCGCUGAAUCUAUUAAUUCCGCACUGAAGCGAGCAAGAGGAUUUCCGAUUCCGUUCCUGCUGGAGUUCAUAAGGCAGAAGUUAGGAAAAUGGUAUUGGAAAAGGAGACAAGAUGCUUUGAGUCUCCCAACUGUACAUAGCCGGGGUGUUGAAUACUUGCUUGCUGUUCGAUCAGAGAUAGCGGAUACGAUGACGGUCGAACCAAUUGAUGGAUGGCGUUUCUUUGUCAAAGGUGGCAAAAUGGAC